UGCCUUCCCCUAUCUCAAUAUGCUAUGGCCUGCUUAAUAGUCAGAUCUGUCCCUCUGUCCCCUGGCAAAUGCCAUACCCAGACUCCGAACUCACCCUUUUUCUUUUCUCUCUCAGCUUACCUCCUGAGCUGCAGUUUCCCUCAACGCCCAGCCUAUGGGGAUGUGGCUGUCACCAGUCUUCACCCUGGUGGCAAAGCCCGCUUCCACUGUACCACUGGCUACCAGUUGCAAGGGGCCAGAGUCAUCACUUGUCUCAAUGCCACUCGGCCCUUCUGGGAUUCCCGGGAACCCAUCUGCAUUGCUGCCUGUGGAGGGGUGAUCCGUAAUGCUACAACUGGCCGUAUCGUGUCUCCCGGCUUCCCUGGAAACUACAGUAACAACCUCACCUGUCACUGGCUGCUGGAAGCUCCCAUGGGGCAGCGCUUACAUCUCCACUUUGAGAAGGUUUCCUUGGCAGAGGAUGAUGAUAGACUCAUCAUCCGAAAUGGAGAUACAGUGGAAGCUCCCCCCGUGUAUGACUCCUACGAGGUCGAAUAUCUGCCCAUCGAGGGCUUGCUCAGUGCUGGCCGCCAUUUCUUCGUGGAGUUCACCACAGACAGCAGUGGGGCUGCAGCAGGCGUGGCACUGCGCUAUGAGGCCUUUCAACAGGGCCACUGUUAUGAGCCCUUCGUGAAAUACGGCAACUUCAGCAGCAGCGCCGCCUCCUACCCCGUGGGCACCACCGUGGAGUUCAGCUGUGACCCUGGCUACACCCUGGAACAGGGAUCCAUCAUCAUUGAGUGUGUUGACCCCCAUGAUCCCCAGUGGAAUGAGACCGAACCUGCCUGUCGAGCUGUGUGCAGUGGGGAGAUCACAGACUCUGCUGGCGUGGUGCUCUCUCCCAACUGGCCAGAGCCCUAUGGCAAGGGACAGGACUGUAUCUGGGGUCUGCACGUGGAGGAAGACAAACGCAUCAUGCUGGACAUCCGUGUGCUUCGGAUUGGCCAAGGGGAUGUGCUAACCUUCUAUGAUGGGGAUGACCUAACUGCCCGGGUGCUGGGGCAGUACUCAUCCACCCACAAUCAUUUCAAGCUGUUUACCUCCAUGGCGGAUGUCACCAUCCAGUUCCAGUCAGACCCUGGGGCCUCAGCCGUGGGCUACCAGCAGGGUUUUGUCAUCCACUUCUUUGAGGUACCCCGCAAUGACACAUGCCCAGAGCUGCCUGAGAUCCCCAAUGGCUGGAAAAGCCCUUCCCAACCUGAGCUGGUCCAUGGCACUGUGGUCACCUUCCAGUGCUACCCUGGCUAUGAGGUGACUGGAGCCAACACCCUCAUGUGUCAAUGGGAUCUGACCUGGAGUGAAGAUCUGCCCACCUGUCAAAGGGGGGAUGUGGAACACAGUCGUCGGCUCAUCUCCAGCCCUAAGUUUCCUGUGGGUGCCACCGUGCAGUAUAUCUGUGAUAAGGGUUACAUGCUGACAGGCAGUGCCAUCCUCAGCUGCCAUGACCGCCAGGCAGGCAGCCCUAAAUGGAGUGACCGGGCCCCCAAAUGCCUCCCGGAACAGUACAAGCCAUGCCAUGGUCCUGGGACCCCUGAAAAUGGUGCCCGCAGUCCUGAGAAGCGGCUAUACCCUCCAGGUGCCACCCUCCACUUCUCCUGUUCCCCUGGCUACGUGCUGCAGGGAGAGGCCAGCAUCAAAUGUGUACCUGGACAUCCUUCACAGUGGAGCGACCACCCACCCACCUGCAAGGCUGCUUCUCUGGAUGAGUUCUACAGUGGUCGCAGUCUGGAUGUUGCCAAAGCCCCCACUGCCACAAAUUCCUUGGAUGCCACUCAUGUGGCUGCUGCUAUCUUCUUGCCUCUGGUGGCUAUGGCAUUGUUGAUGGGAGGCAUUUACCUCUACUUCUCUAGGGUCCAAGGAAAAAGUCCACUGCAGCUGCCUCUGGCUCAGCCCCGUCCCUAUGACCACAUCACCGUGGAAUCUGCUUUUGACAAUCCUACCUAUGAGACUGGAUUCCCCUGCCAAGCUGGUGCCACAGGGAUGACACAGCAGCACAGCUGA